UGCAAGACCAAAGGUAUUACGUAGAGAAAUGCAAAGGCGACGACUUAUUUCAUCACUUACUGUUAAUUCCUUUACUUCAAUCCUUGCUCUAACCUUGACAGCUGUAUCUUUUAUUCCCGCUUCUUCUACAGCUUUCACUUCUUCUGUUUCUACAGCUGUAACUUUAAUUCAUCCCCCUCCCACAAUUUCA